AUGGCCUGGGGACUUCCAAAACUGCCGGGUCUGACGUUCUCAGACCCGACCAAGACGCAACAUCACAUGAGAAGUUCGCUCCGCUACUACCAGGGGCACAGGUUCCCCGACACGGAGAUCCGGGGCCCGGGAGGCACCGCCACAGAUGUUGACAGCAACGCCUUCGCUCUCCCCGAUGACUCAGUUAAUUACGAUCCAUCGUUGACAUACGGGCGGGUGAAGCAACCAGCGUUGCCAGCCGUCGUGCCUCACUGGGUGCACUAUGACAAGCGUUGCCUCAACUUCACCGCCUUCUUCAAGCAACCAGUGUUCGACAACCCUGACGAGAACUAUCGCGUCAGGGUUGUCAACAUCAUAUACUUUCUGGAAGAUGACAGUCUUACUGUGAUGGAGCCUCGUGUUCAGAAUUCAGGAUUAUGGCAAGGCAGAAUGGUGAAAAGAGGGAAAAUACCCAAGAACGAUAUCGGCGAGUUCUGGCACUGGAAGGACCUCGAUGUCGGCAAGGACAUCUGCAUCUACGGGAAAGUCUUCCACACCGUGUCUUGUGAUCUGUUUACUAAGGAAUGGCUGGAGUCCCAAGGUAUGGAGAUAUCGAAAGAGGAGACAUUGCCUGUGGACUCCUAUGCUGAGAAAGAACGAUGGAAGAACGUUCGCCCGCCGAAGAGGUCAAAAAUUCAAGAAGAUCACUUAUUGCGUUUCUUGCAGUACGACGGGAAGGUUCUCAGUUUCGACGUCGUUUGGGAUGACCGAGAUUCAGCUUUCGGUGAACUCGUAGAUUACAAGUUGCUCUACUUUCUGCAAGAUGACACCAUUGCCAUUAAGGAAAUCCACGACGGGAAGGGCGGAAAAGAUCCUUUUCCAAUGCUUCUCAAGAAAACUAAGCUGCCUAAGAAGUGGAAGGAAAAGCCCGUGGCAUUCCCAUCGACGGUGCUGGAGACGACCGAGGAGGAGGUGACCACAGAGUACUACGCGCCCCAGGAUCUCAUCGUCGGCACCACGGUGUUCAUUCUCGGACGACGGUUCCUGCUGUGCAACUGCGAUGAUUUCACCAGGAAAUACUACAGGACUAUGCUGAACAUUGAACAACCAGAGGCUGUUAAGGUGCAAAAGAAGGAGACGAAAGAAUUCCCCAAGCCCCUCCCGCCGCACAUUGGCAUCGGAGCCCCCGAGGACACUUUGCAAUCCUGCUUCGGGCUCAUUCCGAAGCCCCCGCACAAGGACAUCAUCAAAUACAACCUUAACGCUAAUAAGUACCUGCGUUACCUGUGCGAGUUGGACUGGAUCCACCCCGAGGACACUGGCAGGAAGUUCGUGAUGUCAUACAGCCUCGCAGACGGCACCAUCAAGAUCGGGGAGAUUCCCAGAAGGAACUCUGGCAUCCGCGAAGGGAAGUUCCUAAAGUCCAUGAGGUUGGAGACCCCAGAGUCAGAUCAUAACUUCCCAACAUAUUUCACGCCUGACAAAUUCUAUAUAGGAGCCAUAGUACCUGUGUUCAAGCACCGCUUCAGAAUCAUCGGGUGCGAUCUGUUCGUGUAUCGAUACAUGACUGCCAACCCUGAGAAAUUCCCUCAGGAAGUGAUCGACAAUGUUCGCAACUACCACAUGCGCGAGGGCAACCUCAAAGAUGAACUACAGGCGGCCUUCCGCGAAGAGCAUUCAGCAGAGACUCGUGCGCAACUCGCAAAGAUUGGUUCGGCUGCUGUGGCAGAACCCAGUGCUAUGGAGCGAUGCCUCGCAGCACUGGAUGUGGUCGAGGGCAGUGCGACCCCACCACGACCUCCCACCCCGCCGAUGACCACCGAUCGCAUCAGUUACGACGACUCAUUGCGCGUCACACGACAGAGCAAACCGACGUGCGAGAACAUAGCUCCAUUGAAAGGCAUCCUCAAGUCUGGAGCUGCUCGCGACGACCACCAGAAAGUGGUUUGCUUCAGCGGGCCCUCGGCAGAAGAGCACCGGGAGCCUAAACCACCAGGAGCCACCUAUGCGCCCGGACAACAACCGCUCUAUAACGACGACGAUGACUUCUGCGACCAAUUUAAGGACCCGGACUCUGCGGAGCGCGCGGCCCGUCGUGCGCGAGACGAGUGUCCCUACGAGAUCGUGCCGAGCCCGCAGGUCGGUGCCAGCGUCAUUGGCGACGAGAAGAUCGAGAAGCCGAAGCUGCCUGGCUACCUCGGCACUUAUGGCGUCGACUGCAAGGAGGUACCAGAUUACAUGAAGCUCCCAGCCGACGCAUACGAGCGCGUCAAACAGAUGCGUCGCGACGUUCCCGUGAUCUCCCCCGCAGCGGCGCGCGUCGCCGAUUACCCGCGCCUAGCGCCGCCGUCCGUGGACACGUGCAUCAACCCACCUCCCGAGUCUACCGGCCCCUGCGCCCGUCGCAAGGAGGAAGACGUCGACUUCGCCUGCCCUCAUGUUGAACCUAAGAAGCCCUGCUGCGACCCUAAUGAAAGUCCAAGGAAAUCGCCACCCCCACCUGAACCGACCAAAUAAACUUUUACGGUACUUGGCAAUGGCAUCUAUGGGACUUUUCAUUAGGUUCUUAAAGUACAAAAGAUGUUUUGACUAGUCAUAAAUCACCACUUAUUUGGUAUCUAUGCUUUUUGCUUAUUCCAUUGCGCAAUCAGGAUGUAGGUUUUGUGUCUAGAUUUAGUAUCAUGACUUUUUUCUAUUUCUUUAUACAAUUUUAAAAUGGUUUUUAGAAGGCGUGCCCUUGAUUCUCAUUAAAUUAUUUUGAAAUGAAA